GACAUGGGUUUUUAUUAGAAAUUAGAGAAGAGCCGUUGAAAGCGAAAGAGCUAAUGUACCUAUGGUUCUGCAAUAGCUGCCGAUCAAUUGUGACUGGAACUAUGGUUGCGGCUUCGCUCAAGACAGCAACGUUUUUAAACAGAGGAAUAAAGUUCAUUCCGCUGGUGCUUGUUGGUUUGGUCAUAGCAAUAAUUAUUGUAAUUGUUCCGUACGAUCGACAGAUACUUAUGUCAACAACCGUUACCAAGGUGAUGCAAGGAAUGGUCUCAUCUGUCUUACAACUCAACUCUAACAAAAAUAAAACAGAGACAUCAUGUCAAAACUGUACAAACAUCAACCCUCCUUCCAUUAUAGAACCGAUCUUACAACUCAACUUCAACAAAAAUAAAACCGAGACAUCAUGUCAAAACUGUACAAAAAUCAACCCUCCUUCCAUUAUAGAACCGAUCUUUCAGAACUACUAUUUUCCAGAGUCUAAGUGUGAUAAAAAGUUAUUGGUGUAUGAAUGUGCUGGAAUUUGCGGAGGGCUUGGUGACAGAGAAAAGGGAAUUUUGAGUGCAUUUUUGCUAUCUUUAUUAACACAACGUACUUUUGUUGUACUUCAUCAAACACCAUGUGAAAUUAAGAAGUUUUUUGUGCCACGAAUAUAUGAUUGGUCGAAAUGCUCAGCAGCUGUAUCAAAAGCUAAGUCAAAGGGAUUUUUAAUGGUCAACUACAUUGAUGCACAUGGUAAUCUGCCGCAGAGUUUUGAAAAUUUAAGAGGAUAUGACAUAUGGAAAGAACACGUGGUUGUUAUACACGUUAACAUUCGUUUAAAUAAUAGAAUAAUGAGCCAUCCAAUAGCAAGAGAAACCAUACCAUGGAUUUUGACGUCGCCACCGGCGUUUGUCAUGUCUCAAUUGUGGCAUGCGCUAUUUAAACCGGAAACAGCCUUAUUGAAACAUGUAACCAACUUCAUUAAAAACUGUACAUUAAAUAACAAACGAAAGCUUGUUGCCGUUCACAUUCGUACAGGAUUUCUCCCGAAAAACUUUGGUGUUCAUGUAAAAAAUAUAUUCACAUUUCUUGAUAAUUAUCAAGACAAGUCAAAAUUUGUCCUUUACAUUGCAUCUGAUAGCGAGGAUAUAAAAAAUCAAGCAAAAAAAAGAUAUGUCAACUUUGCUUCAUUAAACAGACACGUUGUCCAUAUUGACCACACACGUGAUGGAUGUGGUGGUAUGUACACAGCUGUUUUUGAACAACUGGUAUUAUCCAGGGCCGACGUACUAGUCAUGACACACAGCGGGUUUUCUCGUAUGGCGGCAUAUAUCCGCAACAAGCCUGACAAUAUAUAUCUUUAUCAAGCAAAAGAUAAACUAAACGAGUCAUUUUUUGAACACAUUACCUUAGAAUCACUGCCAAAAAUGUUUCCGAUAAGCUGAUCAUGAUGAUUGAUAGAGGAACAGGACAACAGAACGCUUUAAUUUUCUUUCAAUUGAAAAUUUUUAAUUAUUUUGAUUAAAAUCUUUUAUUUACAA